AUGACGCCGAGCACAAGAACCUUGGUGAAUGCUGCAACAGGAGGAUCACUGAAAACCAUAACUCCAGCGGAAGCACUAGAAUUGCUGGAAUCUUUAGCCUCUCAGGAGUUCGAUAAUGCUCCAGUCCCACAAAGGACAACGGGGAUCAUAAAGCUUGACGGCUAUGAUGCAAUAUUGGCCCAAAAUGAACAAAUACUGCAAAUGAAUAAGAAACAACAAGCACAAUUAGAUGCUCUUACAAAGCAAUUUGCUAAUUCUCAAGUUUCUUCUGUUAAUAAUCCUCAAAUUACUUAUGGUAUAUGUAUAAGUACUCAUGCUACUGAAGACUACUACUUCAUGAGAGCACCUGAAACUGCUGAAGUAAAUGGACUCUGGUAUGAUCAGAAGAACCAUAAUGAUCCAAGAAGGAACCAGUAUGGGAAUGACUACAAUCAAGGGUGGAAGAAUCAGAAUCAACAUCCAGGGUUGAGUCAAAAAUCCAACCAUCAGCUCAAUCCUCCCCUUCCAGUGCAACCACAUACCCUACAACAAAGUAACACUUCUGAGUGGGAGAAAGCUUUUGCACAACUAUGCAAGACCACUUCUGAUUAUAUUCAAGGUGCAAAUGCUUUCAGAGAGGACACAUCUGCUUUCAUGAAAAAGACUAGAUUAACACACCGGAAUCAAGAAGCUUCCAUAAGAAAUCUGGAAAUUCAGAUUGGCCAAUUGUCAAAGCAAUUUUCUGAGAGAGCUCAGGCCGAAAAGAAACUAUUCAAGUGGGAGAAGAAGAAAGCUCUAGAAAGACAGAACAAGCCAUUGGAUCUCUCCCCAUAUGCUCGAAUCCCUUACCCUCAGAGAUUAAAGAAAGAGAUUCAGAAGCAGCAGUGUUCAAAGUUUCUAGACGUAUUCAGGAGGUUGCAGAUCAACAUUCCUUUUGCCGAAGCUUUAGAGAACAUGCCCAACUAUGCAAGGUUCAUGAAUGAUCUAUUAUCAAGGAAGCGUAAGUUGCAGGAAUGUGAGACGAUGAAUCUGACAGGGGAAUGUAAUGCUAUCAUCCAAAAGAAGUUACCUACCAAAGUCAAGGAUCCAGGGAGCUUCAGCAUUCCAUGCACUAUAGGCAAGGUGGAAGUGGACAAUAUUUUAUGUGAUCUUGGAGCUAGCAUCAACGGCAUACCACUCUCCAUGAUGAAGAAGCUGGGAAUUACAGAAGUGAAGCCCACAACAACGAUAGUGCAACUGGCUGACCGCUCUUCAAAGCAAGCUUACAGCAUCAUUGAGGAUAUAUUGGUUAAGGUUGACAAGUUCAUCAUUCUUGUUGAUUUUGUCAUCCUUGACAUUGAAGAAGAUGCCACUAUUCCAAUGAUCUUUGGAAGACCCUUCUUGGCAACUUCAGGAGCACCGAUUGAUGUACUUAAAGAUUUAAAUAUGUUGCUGAGGACAGCAACAUUUAAAUCUGGGAAUGGGGAACACGCGGUUCAUGUAAGCACAAUUGAGUAA